AUGUCUGAAAGUGUUACAACAGAAGAUGAACUUUUGAAAACAGAAACUCAGUAUUCAAAUGGAACCACUCUUGACGAUCUUGUCAUCAAUAAAGGAUCAACAUCAAAUGAGAGUCACGCACGACUUCGUCGUUCUUGUGAUUGUUGGACAUCAACCGGACGAUGUGUUUCAUAUGGAGAUUAUCAAUGUUGGUUUCAGGGUGGAGCGUGGGUUGUUCAAUGUCUUGGUGACGGACAUUGGGAAAAAAUUCGUCGUUGCCGAUCCGGUUGUAAACGUACACACAGUGAUCGAGCCCUCUGCCACUAA